AUGGCUUCUUUCAACCACUAUUGCCUCUCUUCUCCACUCGCCGAAACUCCCACUUUCUUCCUCUCUCCAUCUCCAUCUCCACAGUCAAAAUCCUUGAAACUCUCUGUUUUCCGGAACAAAUCUCCGCCGCCGCCGCCAAACUCGUCCUCGCUGGACCGCUCUUCCGAGGUCGAGCUCGCCGUGGAUCCCGUGAAACUCGCAUUGAAGAAAGCCGAAGCGUACAAGAAAUCAAAAACAGAGGAGCAAAACAACCCUCAGAGAAAUGCCGGCGAUGACGAGGAUGAAGGAUCGCCGCUCUCUGUGAAGCUUGCUAAGCAAAAGGCUGAUGAUGAUUACAAGAAGCAAAAAGCUCCUGGGAAGAAGAAAGAGCUGAAAGUCUCCAGCAUUGAUUUCGUUGGGCUUGGCUUCGCUGAUAAGAAGAGCACAAGGGGUCUUCCUCCAGGACUGGUUCCUGUUGUCGACUAUGGAGACUUACCUGAGGUGGAGUUUAUAGUUGGUGAUAAAACAAGAUUUGCAGAGACAGAGAAGAAGCUUGAGCAAGAAGGAAAUGAAAACUCUGAUGUGUAUAAGCCCAAAGUUUCCACAUGGGGAGUCUUCCCAAGACCUAGCAACAUCUCUAAAACAUUUGGUGGUGGAAGGACUAUUCAACCUGGAGAUACGGUUGAAACCGCUGAGGAGAGGACUGCGAGAGAAGAACGGACAAAGAAAUUGCUCACUGCCUACAAGGAAUCAAUCGGACUGAAUAUUGCUCCUGAACUCAAACUUGAAUGUGAGGAGGCACUAGAAAAAGGGAAUUUGCUUAUGGAUUCAGGGAAACUCAAAGAAGCUUUGCCGUACUAUGAAAAGGUCAUGGAGGCAAUAGUCUUUAAGAGUGAGCUUCAUGGAUUAGCGGCUUUGCAGUGGUCUAUUUGUCAGGAUUCACUCCGAAAGGAAGAUAAGGCAAGGGGUAUGUAUGAGAAGCUCCUAUCCCACCCAAAUCCAAGAGUGAGCAAGAAAGCGAGACAGUUCAUGUUCAGUUUUCAGGCAAUGGAGAUGUUGAAGGUUCAGGGUUCGAGCUUCAUACAGAUAAACCAAGGGUAUGAGGACUACUUUGAAGCCUUUGUCAAAAAAGACAAAAUUGAUUACAAAGCAAAGGAGGAAGAAGGAGAGGCAAUGGGAAUAAACGAGACGCUCCUUUAUGUGAUUCUUCUUGCGUCUCCGAUUCUAUUGGUCUUUGUUGUGGCCGCACAGAGAGGGAACUUGCACUGA